AUGCCAGAAACGUCGGUCAUCCCGACCACUCCCAGGCUCCCAGCGGAGCUGUUGCUCUCAAUCUUCAAUUACCUUCGUCGACAUGAUCUCGCCCAGGUUAGCAAAGCAAACUCGUACCUGCGCAACCUAGCUCGCCCUUUCUUCUACCGGUUUGCCACCCUGUCGAAGUUUGGUCUGUUCUUUCCCGGCGCCCGCCGUCCAUACCCCUUCCUCGAAACGCCAGGAUCCGGGCCCAAGCCGUGCUCUCGCAAGCGACUGAAGCAGAUAGCUUCUGAAGUUCGGGAGAUCGACAUUCCACCUCACCCCGCUUCAGACUGCGCAAUUUUCUGCAACAUGAGGAUGGAAGAGCUUCCUUGUGAGGCCAAAGUCCUGCGUCUCGGAUGCGCCGUUCGUGUGGUGAACGAAGACGACUCACCGCCUCCGAAGCUGGUCUUCACCCACACUGAGGAGCAUGCAGCGACUUCUGAGCACAAUGGGAAUGACUAUCGAUGUCGCUGCUGCUUGGAUGACCCUUGUUCGGCAUGUAGACAACAAACCUGCUUCUUCUAUUCACUUGCAUCCAGCAUGCCCCUAGAGAAGGUGGUCAUACUUGACACAGCCAUGGGAGUAGACGACACCUUUGAUGAGGAGCAACACCUUGAUUUGUACCCGUCCGAGGAGUUCGUCACUGUGCUCUACUCUCAUGACAUCACGGAGAACUCUGAUUGCGUGUACAACUGCAAGUAUGUGCGCCCAGCCCUGCGGCCGUACUGGGGCACGAAGCAAUCGACGGUCAUCCUAUGGACCGGGGCCCCAGGCCGUGCUUGGAAGCCGCCCUGUGAUGUCCACCAGCCCUCUUCGGAUACUCCUCUGCACUCUCUGGCCCUUGCACAGACGGAGACAGAUGGCAACAAGCUGCUGCCCGAGUGUCAUGCCAUGAAUACUCUGUGGCGUGAUCUCGGAGAUCAGCUUGGGACUCUGAUGGCUAGAGAAGACUCUCCCAAACUGCGCAUCGUCAACGCCACUGCCAUUGUGGAAAAGUACAUCGACCCGGCCGACCGCGCAAAGCACGAAAACCGCAGAGCCAAUAUCACAGAGAUUGAGGCCAGCAUUAAGCGCGGCUUCAAGACUUAUCGUCACAAGCGGGGAGGGGUCUUGAAGGAGCAGGUAGAGUUUCUCACUAUGGAGGAGUGGAUCGCUCUGGGCGAGUGGGAGGAUGUCUUCACCCGCAACGAGAUGGAGCCGUUCCUGACGGCUGGCCCUUCGUCUGCCCCUGCCUAA